AUGAUGGAAUUGUCUGCUUCUGCUUCGCCUGUCUCAGGAAUCGGGCAAGUCCGGGGUAAUGGACAACUGGAUGAACCUGUUGGUACAACGACGAAGAGAACACGAGUAUCUAGGCCAAGAAAUUAUGAGCGCAAGAAAGUCAGUAGAGCCUGUGAUACGUGCAAAGAGAAGAAAUUACGAUGUGCAGGCACUCAACCAUGUCCCCGCUGUAUUUCCCACAACCUCCGAUGCCAAUACAAUGCCGAACAUCGACGAGGGAAACCUGCUCCUCCCCAGCCUGGAUCUCAAAUCACGAGUCCAAGUGCGAGCAGAGUCACCGCGUUCCCGAGUCCAGACAAUCAGUCACGAGAUCAGCUUCGAGGCAAUGUUGAUAACGGACAUGAGCGUGUUCCUUCUCUUCCGGCUUCAGAGCAACGAAACCCAGAACACAGCUGGCAAGGAGUCGAUGAGAGCAGAUUAGAGAAUGACUAUAUUGGACCAACUUCUGGUAUUGCAUUCUUAGCCCGAUCGCAGAAAAGGUUACAGCAAGAUUUUAUCGAAUCACGCUCCAGCAAUGCUGAGCAAUCCUCGCAGACCUCCAUAUUCUCUUACGGUGAUGGUUGGGUUCCAGAGCAGCAAGCCGACUUCAAUUUCCCGAGUAAAGAUGAGUCGAUGUACUUGCUGCAACAGUACUUUGACUUUGCUAUGCCGACUUACAGAUUCCUGCAUCGAGAGACUGUCGAGACGUGGCUCCAAAGUAUACACAGCUCAUUGGAAAACGAAAAUAGCGGGGUAGUUCCAGUCUCCAAAGCAAGACAAGCUUUGAUUAUUUUGAUACUUGCGACUGCAAAACUCUACAAUGGCGAUGAUCUAGAAAGAGAUCUGGAAAAUAGCAGUAUAUACUAUGCAGCUGCCGAGCGACUGUUGACCAAUGAGACUGGAAAAGUCACGCUGGAGGCUGUGCAGGCAAGAUUGUCUCAGUGUAUAUACCUUCUAGCAUCCUCUCGAGUAAAUCGUGCUUGGUAUAUUUUUGGGACAACGGCACAGUUGAUCAUCGCUCUUGGGCUUCACAGGCGCCAAUUGUAUCAGCCAUCAGCCCCGAACCAGCUCAGCGUUCUUCUUGAAUACCGGAAGAGAGUUUUCUGGAGCGCGUACACUCUUGAUCGAUACUUGAGCGUAAUCUUAGGGCGUCCGAGGAUCUUCAGAGACGAGGAUAUUGACCAACCUCUACCGGAGCGGUCUGGAAUUUGUUCUGAUUCUGGUCACAAGAGUGGGCAAAAGUCGAAACACGUCCAUUCCGUCGACGAUGGCCCAAUCUUUCACGCAAGGCUUGCAAAGAUUAUCGGAGGCAUAUCCAGUGAUCUCUACCCGACAAAUCGCAUUGACGAAGGGGCAUGGCAACAGUCUGCCGAACGGUGGACUGGUGAGCUGAAGGCUUGGAAGACAUCGCUGCCAGCAUUUCUCAAUCCUUCAAAGGUCGAUCCCUCGAUGUUGAUUUCUAUUUAUCAGCGCCAGAGUACUGUUUUGAGUUUGGCAUACGCCCAUGCACUCAUUCUCGCUAAUCGACCUUCUUUGUUGAGUAAUUUUGCAGACUUGGCCAAACGUACAGAACCGCCAUCAGAUGAGCCCAGUAACAGUCUUAAGGAGUGCAUUUCGGCAGCUAUGAUUGUUGUGGAUACUGUCACAGACUUGAUCGAGGAAAAAAGAAUGCGGCAUUCUUUCUGGUUUACUCAUUACAUAUCCUUUUGCGCCAUUUCCACACUUUAUGUGUACACACUACAGCAAUGCCUCCUCCCUAGGCAAUCAGGUUCCUCUACCCCUCCCGAUACACAUGUGUUUGAAGCGGCGCGGAAGUGUCAGCAGAGUAUCGAAGAGACAACGACAAAAGCUUCGCCGUUCGCGAAGUACAACAUCAUUCUGGAGGAACUGAAGAAAGAGGUUUUGCAGCAUCUCGGCCCUCAAUAUACAGAGUCUACUAGGCUUGAUUCUUCCAUUCAACAGCGUCCAGGGAAUGGUCAUCCGUCGCAGUCUGCUGAUCAAUCCAUUUCUCUUGGGCCAACUGAGGAGAUAAUAACUUCUGAUAAUCUUGCAAUGGAUUCUGCCCAGUUUUCUGACGCUCUCGCCAACGACACUUCACGACAUUUGGGUCUCAAUCUCAUCCAGUCCCAGUUUUAUGAUCCCCAUCAACUAGCGAUUAGUGGAGAUCCGUCCUAUGAUUUAGUUUCUGGCAAUAUGUAUCUCCCUGGAAUUCAAGGUGCUAUGAUGGGCUGGUCUGAAUUCGACUCUUGUGCACUUACAUGGCCCGAUGUAUUUGGAGGCUUGGAGCAAGGAUACGAGAUAUAA